AUGCGUUACACUGCUGCCGCCCUCGCCGUUGCCGGUGCCGUCAUGGCCUACGACGACGAGCCCGCCUCUACCGUCUUCUCCACCAAGUUCUUCACCAUUACCUCGUGCGCUCCUGAGGUCACCAACUGCCCUGCCCGCAGCACCGUUGUCUCCUCCAGCGUCGUCCCCCUGACCACCUCUACCAUCUACACCACCAAGGUCAGCACCGUCACCUCUUGCGCUCCCGAGAUCACCAACUGCCCCGCCGGCUCGACCGUCGUCGUCACCAAGACCGAGGCCGUCUCGACCACCGUCUGCCCCGUCACCGAGACCGGCGCCAAGCCCACCCCCACGGCUCCCGUUGUUGUCCCUCCCCCCGUUGGCCACAACACCACCGCUCCCGGUGUCCCUAUCAAGUCUGAGGCCGUUCCCCCGGUCAAGCCUACCACCGAGACCGGCGUCAAGCCCGUUCCCGUCACCACCGGCGGCGUUGCGCCCUCCGUCUCCAAGCCCGCCACCCUGGCCACCAGCGCCGCCUCCGAGUGCCCCGGAUACUCCGUCAAGACCAUCUCCACCAGCGUCACCACCGUCGUUCCCACCGUCAUCUACGAGACCGUCAAGGUUCCUUGCCCUACCCCCAGCAAGCCCUCUGCCACGAUCCCUGGUGUCCCUACCGGCGGCAACGGAACUGCUGUUCCUCCCACCAAGACCCCCGUCACCGCUGGUGCCGCUGGCCUGACCGGCUCUGCCGUCCUGGCCGCCAUUGCCGGUGUUGCCGCCUUUGCCUUCGCAUAA